CGACACAAAAACGAAAAAAUGUUAAACGUUAGACGUCAAAUGAAAAUUAUUGAUCAAAAUUGUAUGUAUAGACUUGACUUGGUUAAAUUGAGAAUUUAAUUCGUCUAACAAAUAAAAAUAUGGAAUUAGAGGAUAAAGAAAGGUCUAGUAUACCAGCGGUUUACGAAGGCCCGAUCGUAAUUACGGCGCAACCGCGAGGUGAAAAUAACUCGAGCAGAAGACCAAUACCAAUAUCUACUACAGAUUGGGUCUCAACACCCAGAUCUCAAUUAACUGCACUCUCAGGAACGCAUUUCUUAGCCGGAGUUGAACAAUUAGAAAUUCAAAGGAUAAUCAAUUUGAACGGCUUAUUUGGAUUAUCUGGAACUAAAAAGCAAUAUAGAGUGAAAAUACCAAAAGCUGAAACGAUUUUUUUAGCAAUGGAGUCUCGAGCAGACAACAAAGAUAUAAAUAGAAUUGCAAAUUUAACAUUAAUUCUUUUAGACCAAGCUGGAGAGACGGCGUUUGUUAUUAAGAAAAAUCCUGUAUGGAAAUAUAUGCCUGGACCAGUGCAUAAAAUGACAAUAGAAAGUACGGUUUUAAUUGGGAGCGUAGAACAAAAUUUCUCUAUAUUGGGACCGAGUUUUACUGUUUACGAUGCAUCACGAAAACCUUUGUGCUAUAUAUACGGUCCUAAUGUAAGCAGUUGUUGCAUGUACAAGGAAUCACAAUUUCAGAUUAUCUCGGUCGACGGUUCACACCAAAUAGCGUCUUUAAUGCACCAGUGGAAUAACACGAUUCAUGAUUACACUUUUUUACUUACUUUCCCGUUAGAUCUUGAUAUAAGAUUAAAAAGUCUAUUACUCGGUGCAUCUUUUCUAAUGGUACCUUCUAAAUCUACGGAUCGUAAAAAGUCACGUUCAUUUAAGGGAAGUCAAUGUGGAUAUCCUAGUAAUCAAGGGAUCUAGUGAACUAAAGUAAAAUCAAGGCUGAUCGAAUUAUAUGACUAAAAAUAAAAAACUCGUUUGAGUUACUCUAUGAAACAUAUAUUAGAUUUGUCCAUAUCUCAUAAAGAAACAUUUCAAUGGGAACAUCUAAAUACACCUCGUCUAUUUACAGUUUAAUCAAAGUACUAUUCUGGAAAGUAGA